AUGCUGCUGAGCAAUAGUAUCCCGGCGCCCUCGGUGCGAUGGGAGAUCUGUGUGUCGGAUAAGGUCAUUCGCAACAGAAGGAAAAAUUCUAAACCCCGCAAAUUUAGGAUUAUCGGCUGCAUGUUCAUCCUCUUCAACAUGCCAUCCAAGUUCAUUGAGAUCCUCGAUCCCUCAGAUAACCUGCGCUUCUCCGACUCGGAUGUCCGCCUGGAAGAUGUCCUGGCCGAUCACGAGGCCAUCGUCACUCGACCUCGGUCCGCCACGAAGACCAGUGACCGGUCAGACCGUGAUAACUCCUCCUCGCCGGCGCAGCGUUGGAAAAGACUGAGCACUAUCCUAAUCAUGCCGCGACGACCUUCCACAUCAUGA